AUGAGGCUUCCACCUCUAUAUACCAUAUUACUUCGGCUGAAAAGCCAUGCUCUGGAUUUCGAUUUCACGCCAGAUACCCACGGCUUCGAUGUCAAUGACUACAAACACCUUCCUCUAACGCUCGACCUGGCAACUUCCCAGCGCGCCGUGCCCUCCGCCGGAAACUCCUGGUGGACGUCCUCAUACAUCCGUACCCUAGACGACAGAUCAUAUUUCAUUGUCUCGCAUGUCGGUAACCCAGGCGUUGGAUUCUACCGGUACAGCAUCCUGGACAUCAAUAAUCCAGAGUACUACCAGCAGUACGCAUACACAGGCACGACGGCCGAUCCCGUAUCCGCGCAUAUAGAUGGUGCGAAUGUAACCUUGCCAACGUACGGGUUUGAGGCUAUAAACCCGGCGGAUACACUAGCUGGCAUGCGGACAUGGAGCACCUCGGGCUUUGAAUUCAACCUUUCGUUUGAGUUCUCGUCACCUGUUAUACUCAAUGGCGGCUCGGGGACAUUUACCUGGGGUCCGUAUUCCACGACUGAGUGGUCUCUUGUUGCAGGCGUCACAAGAGGAAGUUUCGUUGUAGAUAAUGUUCAGCUGACCAUUGACCCCGAGCGUUCAUUGACCUGGUAUGACCGGCAAAUCGUCUGGAUACCAGCUGACGCUGGCCCUGCAGCAUCACAUAACUGGACUUGGUUCCAGCUGCAUUUUGACCACGAAGACGGGCACAGAGGUGAAAAGACCCGGCCCUCCAAAAUCUCCGCCUGGAUCUGGGACUACGCGGAUAAUCCCCGAGUACAGUUUGCCACAACGCAUAGCUCCUCGGCAGGGCAGCAGCAGGUCAUGCCUUUGACGGAGUUCUCGCCCUCGAAUUCCAGAACAUGGACGUCACCUGGGUGCGGAGGUACAUAUCCUCUUGAGUGGGACAUUGCGCUCGCGGAUGGAAUGAGAUUGCGCAUUGAGGUUAUUAGAGACGAGCAAGAGUUCUGUAACCCUGAGCAGCCAUUUCAGCCAACGUAUGAGGGCUUUGUCUCUUUUCACGGGAUAGAUGGGGAUGGAAAUGAGGUUGGCGGGUUCGGACUUGUGGAGGUUUGUUUGGAGAAUAUUUAA